AGAGAUAUAAAUAUUUGUUUACAUGGACAUAUGUAGAGAUACCAACCAAUCAAAAUCAAACAAAAACAACCCGCAAUCACCGGAAAAGGCUUUGCAUGCAUUGGAAGCUCAGACUCAAAGAAGGGGCAACAUGCAGAAACGCAAGGCGGGGAGGAAGAAGUUUCAAGAGACUCGCCACCCGGUUUACAAAGGCGUUCGGCGGAGAAACGGGAAGUGGGUGUGCGAGACAAGGGAGCCAAACAAGCAGUCCCGCAUCUGGGUUGGGACGUUCUCGAGCCCAGAGAUGGCUGCAAGGGCUCACGACGUGGCUGCAUUGGCUCUCCGAGGAGAGUCAUCGGCUUCCUUGAACUUCCCGGAUGAGAUACGAGCGCUGCCACGUGCUAAAUCAUCUGCUAUCAGGGACAUACAGUGCGCGGCCAUGGAAGCAGCCGAGGUGUUUAGGAAUACUGGAGAUUCUUCAUCGGCGAUUAAUGUUCACGGUGAUGAUGAUCAAGAGGAUGAAGGGAUGGUGUUCUUGGAUGAGGACGAAGUGUUUAACAUGCCGGCUAUUCUUCACAGCAUGGCGGAGGGGUUGAUCUUGGCGCCUCCAUCCGUGCAAAGAGAGUGUACGUGGGAUGAUGAUAUGGAAGAUGAGGUUGAGUUGGCGUUGUGGAGUUACUGAUCAGAUAGAUUAGUUUCAUGCAUAUUGUUUGAAUCUUUCUUACGAUCUUUUGAAGAAAAUUUUACGAGUCUUUGUCUUUCUAGAAACAACAAAUUAGGAGUAUAGGUAUAUACACAUUUACAUAUAGUUAAGGAGCUAGCUAGUUAAGAAAAACCCAGUUCUGUUUUGUUAUACAGUUUUCAGAUCGUGAAGCCUCCAUGUGUUUCUGCAGGCUUAUUCUCGGGGUCCUCGGAGAUCAUAUAUAUGUGUAUACAGAUACGAGCACAUAGAAGUUAAAAAUUUAGAAGAUGAGGGCCUUAAUUUAUAGAUAUCAAUAACCAAGAUAAAGUUUACAAGUGUCAAAGCAUGAUAAAGGAAAAUAAGAGUACGAGGACAA